AUGACCAAAUUCGAUAUUGAGGUUGUUAGUGACACUGUUUGUCCGUGGUGUUACGUUGGAAAGGAAAAGCUUGAGCAAGGAAUCACAGCAUACAAACAACGACACCCUGAUUCCGAUGAUACAUUUAAUAUCACGUGGCUCCCAUUUUAUCUUGCUCCAGACGCACCUAAAAAAGGUGUGGAUAGACGAUCAUGGUAUGCUUCUCGCUUUGGAGAAGAAAGAAUCACAAUGAUGGACAACCGACUUGCGCAAAUUGGAAAAGGACUUGGGAUCAAUUUUAAGUUUGGAGGAAGAACUGGCCAUACGAGAGAUAGCCAUCGAAUCAUCGAAUUGGCAAAGACAAAGGGGCCAGCCGUGCAAACGAAAGUAGUGGAUUCGUUAUUCAAAUCAUACUUUGAAGAGGAGGGGGAUAUCACUAGCCAUGAAAUGAUACGCGAUGCUGCAGUAAAAGCUGGACUAGAUGAGAAAGAAGUUAAUGAAUGGUUAGAGAGUGAUAAGGGAGGAGCAGAGGUUGAUAGGGAAGUGGAAGCGGCGAGGAGGAAUUCGAUCAGCGGAGUGCCGAAUUUCACUGUUCAGGGGAAGUAUGAGAUAGGAGGUGCUCAGGAUUCUGCAGUAUUUUUAAGGUUGUUUGAAAAGAUCAAGGGGGCUGAGAAAUCUUCGUAA